UGAUGAUAGUCUCUUUGUGUAUGAUUGCAUCAGUGCGGAGAAGACGACCUUAGGAAAUAAAGGACAGGAUGGAAAACCAGCAGAUAAAGGAAGUGAUGAUAUCCUAGCUUUUGCCUUCUCCCCAUCAGGAGAUUAUUUUGCCUUGACAGAUGACAGCAAACGUCUGAUUCUGUUCCAUACAAAGCCAUCCUGGGAAUGUAUUAGCAUCAGGUCUGUGAACAGGAGAUGUACUGCCCUGACUAUUACAGCUGCAGAGGAUAAGAUUCUGGUUGCGGACAAGUCUGGUGAUGUCUAUUCUUACUCAAUAGCAGAACCCCAAGCAGAUGGAAAACUUGAGCUGGGUCACUUGUCUCUGCUACUGGAUGUGGUGCUUAGUCCUGAUGACCGGUAUAUCGUAACUGCAGACAGAGAUGAGAAGAUCAGAGUCAGCUUUGCAAAAGCUCCUUAUUGUAUUGUAUCCUACUGUCUGGGACACACAGAGUUUGUAAGCAAAAUACUUGUAAUACCCAACUAUCCUGAUCUGCUGUUGUCAGCUUCUGGGGACUCAACUCUGAGACUUUGGAAGUACAAAAGUGGGGAGGAAGUGUACUGCUGUCAUCUAAGCAGCAUCUGUGGGCCUGAGACAGCCAAAACUGACCAGAAAUACCCUGUGUCAAGAAUAACUUACUUCUGUCAAGGUGGUUACGUUGCAGUUCUGUGUGACAGUAUUUCCACAGUCUGCAUCUUUCAGCUUGAUGCCAUUGCCCAGCAGCUACUUUACAGACAGCAAAUCGCUUUUAAACACAAAGUUUGGGACAUUGCAUUUGAGGAAACAGGAGAUCUAUGGAUUUUGCAGGAGGACAGUGAAGCUCCUCUUCAAUUGUACAGACCAUGUGAUGGACAGUGGAAGCCUGUAACUGACGACAAAGGAUUACAGAAGAUGUCAAAAUAUCUUCAAGACAACUGGACAGUGUAUGAAGCUUUUGUUGGCGCAGAGAGCCACUACAGCAGUCUCUACAAGGCUUCAUUUGAUAACAUGGCCGCCGACUUAGAGACGAAGGAGGAAAGGUUACAGCAGCAGAGAAAGAAAAGGCAGGAUCUGCAACGUGGUUCAAAUGGACAAACAAAAAAGAUAAAGACAGAAGAAUCAUCACUAUGA